AUGGCCGUCGGUGCCGUUUACUACUAUAACACAAGCCCUAUAUUUGCCGAAGAGCCACCUCUCCAAGUUGCUCCCGGAUCCCAAUACAAGACGCAAGAUACAGCUGUUUCGCAAACAAUUGAGUCUCUGGAGGCGGCGAAAAAGCCCAAAGCACGACCAACUCCCGUCCCCUCGGAAGCUAAGACGACAUCACCCGAUGAGACAUCAAUAGGUGCAUCUGCUGAGACCGGCGCUUCGCCUGUUGGAGGCGAGCAGCCACCUGCCCCCGCUGCAGGUGAUGUUGAGCAGGAAGGCCAGGGAGGUCAGGAGGCGGCGUUUAACCCGGAAACCGGCGAGAUCAACUGGGACUGCCCUUGCCUAGGCGGCAUGGCUCACGGACCCUGUGGAGAGGACUUCCGAGCCGCAUUCUCAUGCUUCGUGUACUCCCAGGAGGAACCUAAGGGAAUGGACUGCAUUGAUAAGUUCAAGGCCAUGCAAGAUUGUUUCAGACAACAUCCCGAUAUCUAUGGAAACGAGAUCGAUGACGAUGAGGUUGAUGCGCAACUAGAUGAACAUAUCGCUUCGGAGAAACAGGCUGAGCAGAAGGUACCUUCGGAAACGUCUGACGCCGCGCCUGCUGCUGUCCCAGAACCAUCCCAACCUGAGUCUACGCCCGGCAAGGAUACACUACAGGAUGCCGUCUCAAAGGAACUAGAAGCCAUUCAGUCCAAGGCUUCUAAGGAGUAA